GAUGGAGUGAUCAGAAAUACAGAAAGACCUUCCAAAGAUCAAGUUAAUGCAUUCCUUAAUGGUAAGUGUAGCUUCAUCUCCUUCUAGUCUAGACAUAUGCCAUCAAUUUGCAUCAUUGUUCUUGAUUUUUUUAUGCAGGAUUCAAUCUCAGAGAAUGAGACAUUCUCAAAUGUAGCAGAUGAUUUUCCAUCUAGUCCCACAUUAGACAUGAGUGACAACAACACAAAUCAAGAAGAAUAUCAAAGCCCGGUUUCGGUCCUCGACCAGUUCUUCGCAGAAGACCCCAGCAGUCCAUCGAACAUGCCGUUUCAAUCAGCUCGAGGAACCCUGAAACUGAGGCGCCUUCACUUUGAGGAGCACAAAUUAGUAUUUCCCUCACAAGUCAUACUAACGGAAUACGAUCCAUGCAAACACGAUCAAGACCACACGAUCUCCAACUAUGUGCGUUUGAUACUUGAAGCUUCGUCUCAAAACUGGGAUCAGCUCUCAGCAAUGAGGCUACUUUCCCAACAUCUGCUUCAUCCAUCCUUGUUAGAUCAAGCCCAGUUUCUGCAGUUCGACCCUCAUUUCGACACUAAGCUUCUCUUUGAUCACAUCAACUUUUUAUCUCCAUAUUGGCCAGCAUUUGCAAAGCCAAGAAUCUGUUAUUUUCCACUGGAAGCAGCUGUAGUUGAUGAGAUCAAGAGAGAUGCUCAGUUCUAUCUGCUUCCUCAAACACAGACAAGGACCUUAAACCAGAUUGUUGCCCAAGAUUAUCGGGCCAUCAAUCGUGGCCAGAUGUUCGUCCCCGAAAAAGAGCAGAUCAUCCUUCACAUAUCAGAAUAUAUUCUGGAGGAAUCAGUUCUUGAUGUAAUACUAGUGAGCUUAGCUCUUGAAUUAGAAGUAAAUUUAUAG